GGCGGGCCAAGGAUUCCACAUCUGUUAUAUGUUGGCACGUCUUUCCGCUUCCUCUCUUGCCGCUCUUAAGCCAAUCCGCAUUGGCGGAAGCAGGCACCUCGUUAGUGGAUACAGAUGUCUUUCUACUCCCAGUGCGACGCCGACUACUGAGCCUUCAGAAUCGGGCAAGCUCACUGAACGACACGAACCAUGGCCCCCAAAGCCCAAGGUGCCUACGCUACUUUCGACAGAGGAAGCCGAACAAUAUAGCCCUAUCCUUUCCCGCCGUUUCUGGAAGUACAAGCAGACGCCCCCUACUUUAUUCAAGAUUUAUGCGUUCAAAAAAUAUGACGACGUCGUCCUAUUCGCCAACAUGGUAGCAAAUCUUGCAAAGACGGAAAAUCACCAUCCUGUGGUCAGGUUUUCUUAUGACCAAGUCAGGGUCUCAGUGCGGACCCAUACUGCAGUAGAUCCCUCUGCAAAAACUGAAAGAGAAAGAAUUGUCAGUGGCGUGACGCUACAAGAUGUUCGGUUUGCGCUACGAGUCGAGGACGUAUUCUAUGGAGUAUUCCUCCGGACCGGACGUGCCGACACCAAGGUGUUCUUGAAAGCCCAACAGUUGUCUGAGCGAGGAGAAAGCCAAAAUGGAGAGGAUCCCGGGACAGAUGCAGAGCCCCAGUCAGACUAACUUCGAAUUAUCUAGACAGGCCCCAUGCAUGGUACAUAUUUAGGAACAUUGGGCCAAUACAUUAUUAUUGUUUUUCGUUCCUAGAUCUGCUUGGUUUGUCCAGCCCGUGAAUGUUGUGCUUGCUUUCAUGUUCCCCUCGCAUAACAUCAGCAAAUUGUCCCGCGGCUGGUAGUGGCUGGCGCUUAUUCCAGUUAUUUUAGCACGUCUACAAUCGCAUUACCAGCCGAAUACCAGACUUGUAUUU